CUGCCUCCCCAAAUUCCUUCAUCACUCAUUGCUCGUUGCUGUAUGUGCUUGUUGCACUUCAAGUGAUUUUGGGUUUUCAAGAGAAGUCAAACACGGACAGGGAGAUGGCUAUGUCUAUGCAGGAAAUGUUUUACGGGGGAAGUGAGCCUGCCUUCUUCGUCCAGUAUGGACGGCAAGCCCCCCUUACUUACUCUCAUGUUAAUGAUAUCCAGGUUCCAAAGCCCAGUCGUCAAGUAGAAUGUAUCACUUUCGACUUGAUGGUGCCGAUGUGCUGCAUUAGGUGCGAAGACCAGGUGCGAGACGCUCUCUAUGCCCUGCGGAGCGUUCAAUCAGUGCUUUGCGACGCUUACAAUCAGAGGGUGACGGUGUCAGGCUACUUGGAACCUGCACAAGCCCUGAAACACUUGAAGCGGGUGAGGAAGGGUGCCACAUUCUGCUCUCAAAGCUCUCACUACAAGCAGCACAAAUAUGAGGUAUCCUCGUACCAGAUAUCACACAGUGACCAACAUGAAGACCGGAGUCACAUGGCGCAUGUCCAAUACAACAGGAGAGAACAGAUCUCGUACUCUGACCACAGCUGCAGCAGUGCGAGCAGUGAUACAUACUCUCGGAGCUUGUGCCCAGCGUACAGAGACACCGCACGGACACAUUACAUGAGCGUGCCAAACCCGACGAUUGCAACACGCGUGGAGAGGGAAUUCUAAACCACAAUGCCAAUUUUGUACAGCGUAGGUAGAAUCUCUCCAUAUUGGAACAUAGUUAUUCUAUAGCAUGCGAAAUUUUGACCGGAAAUUGAGUAGCCUGUAAAAAUCCGCAACCGCGACAAAAAUGACGAGGACAACGGCUGUCUGUGUUGCUCGAAUUAGUUCCACGCAUUUUAGGGUGGAGAUGCUUGGUGACGCAACCGAUAGAAGAAAGCUUCAAGAAAUUGCGCAGCGCACACACAUGUACAGUCACUGCUUCAUAAAAUUUUAGCCUUCACUGGAUCCUGGAGAUCAUAAUUUUAA